AUCCUGAGCGGCGCCAAGGUUAAAGGGGUGACAGCAUUUAGCAUUAACGAGAGCCCUCUAGGCAACAAUCCCUUCAGUGUGGAGAUAUGUGUGGCAUAUGGGAGGAAGAAAUCCCUGCAGCUGUUCACAGUAACAGAAGACAGGAUGGUAGCUACGAGGGAGGUGGCCGUAGCUGAACCACCUGUUAACAUGUGUAUAGAUGGUGCAUCUAUAUGUGUAGCACUGGGAUCACAGUACAACAUGGUGAACUUUGAAACUGGCGUGACACAGGACUUGUUUCCGUAUGAGAAUGAAACAACCAAGCCUCUCAUAAAGAGGGUGGGGAAUGAAGAGUUCUUGCUGAGCGGUCCCAGUGCUCUGGGAAUGUUUGUGACAUCCGCGGGAAUCUCCCAACGACCGCCUCUCCAGUGGUCCGAUAAUCUCAGCUCGGUGUGUUUCGUGUUCCCGUACGUGCUCGCCAUGGAUGAAGAGUUCAUCACAGUUCACAGCAUUCUGGAUCAGCAACAGAAACAGACCAUACCAUUCCAAGGGGGGAAAAUCAUUGGGGAUUUCGAGGGACGUAUCUUCGUGGCAUCCAGCAAAGAAAUCUACUCCCUCGUGUCAGUCCCGUUCGAGAAGCAAAUCCAGGACUUGCUGGACAGUAGGAGAGUGGAAGAAGCCCUCGCUCUUGCCAAGAGCGCACGACGGACGAUUCCGAAAGAACGGUUCAUCAAGAUGUACCGCAGGAUCCAGCAGCAAGCCGGUUUCAUCCAGUUGCGGCAGCUGAACUUCGGCGAGGCGGCCGAGCUGUUCAAGAGCGGCCAGUUGGACGUGAGAGAGUUGAUCAACCUGUUCCCCUUCAUGCUUCCGACAAAUUCCAACUUCACGCGUUCGGUCCCGCUUCUUCACGACAUCGCCGACAUCAAGCAGCUCUGCCUGGGGAAUGCUGGGAAGGUGAAAGCCUGCAAAGAUUUCCUGGCGUCGUUCUUGGAGGACGUCCGUGACACGAAUCUUGUGGUUGGCUACAAAGAGGAGGUUGACACGGCCUUGUUAAAGUUGUAUGCAGAGAUUGAUUCGCCAAAGCUGGUUGAGUUCGUGUCGUCAGAGAACGGGUGUUUCAUUCAGGACAGCGUAGAUUCCCUCCAGAAAUACGGACGACACCACGCACUCGGACUGUUCCACAAGUACCAUGGGGACAAUGAAAAGGCAUUGCAGGUAUGGGUGAGUAUAGUGAACGGAGAGCUGACUGACCCCUCCCAUCCUGGGCUGCCUUUCGUGGUGGAGUUCCUGUCCCAGCUGACUGACCAUGAGCUGGUGUGGAGGUACGUGGACUGGGCUCUGGAGAGGGACCAGGAGCAGGGUGUGAAGAUUUUCACCCAGCGUCCCACCGACGAGCCUCAGACUGAGCGCAUGAGACCGGAGACAAUUGUGGACUACCUGCAUAGGUAUCCACAGGCUGUGGUCGGCUACCUGGAGCACCUGGUGUUCACCAGGAGACUGGAGAAGGAGAAGUACCAUACACACCUGGCUGUACUGUACCUGGACAAGGUGUUACAGAUGAGGAAGGACCCUUCCAUCCCUCCAGAUGAGAUGGAACGUUCCAGAGAGAAGCUGAGGCAGAUGCUGCAGUUCUCUUCUCUCUACCGGGUGGCGUUAAUCUUGGGCAAAGUAAAAGAGACGGACAUGUACGCAGAGUGCGCCAUCUUGUACGGGAAGAAAGAGGAGCACGACAAAGCUCUGCGUAUCCUCGUGUACAAGCUGAAAGACUAUCGAGCAGCUGAGCAGUACUGCGACACUAAUGCCAAAGGUCAUGACCUUUCAUACCGCCGCCGUCUGUUCCAAAUCCUUCUGUCCGUGUAUCUGGAUCCGAUGGAAGGUGCAAAAGAUUCGCUGGCAGCUCCCGCGGUGCAACUUCUCAACAAUCAUGCGGAGGACUUCGACGCAGUUCGUGUGCUACAAAUCAUCCCAGCACACUGGUCUAUCGGUCUCAUCCAGCAGUUCUUGAACCGCGCUGUGAGACAGAGCAUGCACAACCAGAGGACUACACGGGUCGAGCGAAUGUUAGCGCGGGGGGAGAACCUACAGCUGAAGGGAACGUCGGUGGGGCUGAAGCGAACACCAAUCACGCUGUCGGAAGAGAGGAUAUGUCAGGUUUGCUGUAGACCGUUCGGUGAUAACGCCUUUGCGAGGUACCCCAAUGGCUUGGUGACACACGUGCAAUGUGCGAGGAACAAGUAUGUCUGUCCUGUCACUGGUAGGUUAUUCAGCACCAAGCCGGCUAAGAAAUGAUGUUAGUUAUGUUGGCUGAAAGCUCUAGUCUUUUUAGGUUUAUAUAAUGUAAUCCGAGCAUUGAUAAGAAAGUCAUGUAUUCCAAGGAACAUCGCAUUUAAUGAUAGAUGUUAUUGCCACAGUCUUGCUGCAGAUUAAGGCAGAGACAGAAACUUGUGGUUUUCUUCAAUUUUAUUAGAUCAAAUUAAGAAAUUUGAGCAUAAGAUUGAGCAACUAAUUUAUUUUGAUGAAGAAUUAUACUCGUUAAAUUAUCAUCCCUUGAUUGCCAAAAAAUAUCACCAAUGAAAACAUGCAACUCCUAAACAAUUUUUUUACUAUAAAAAAAGUAUAAUUGAUAAGGAGUAUAUCACUUUUGAUGCUCAUUGUGACAGGUGUGUUGGAACCACAAAAAGUUAUAUGAGUCCAAAGUUUGUAUGCUGUACUAGUACUACGACUAGUUAUAAUGAUAGCUAGCAUCAAUAGCUGUAAAUUGUGAGGUCACAAACCUCUAGCAAUCUGAAGUAUUGUUUCAAAUCAGGUUCAUAAAACUGUACAGAGGAGCACAAAUUAAUGUUGCACACAAGCUUGCCAGGCAUAACAUUGUAGAGCAUUCCACCAAAUGACAAAAAGGACAUUUGUACAUAGCAUUUAAUCACAGAAGUUGUUCAGAUGCUGCACAUACAGUCCUGCAACAAAUGUUUUAGGGAUGGACCACAAAGGGUUACAUACAAGUCUCCUUCUCAUUCACCUGAAAUUUGUGAAAUGCUAUUUGAAAAUAGUAGCAGGUAGCAGGACUCAAAAUGGCCUGUGUAGUGAAAAUUCUGCCUUGGACAUGAGGUGAUCAAGGUAGGCUUCAGAAGCUGGGUACAUAUGUGCUUUUGUGAACACAAAAUACGAACUACCUAAUAUUCAACUUUGGAUGUACUUGGAUGUCAUGUAUUUGUGUUGGGGUAAGGUGCUACUGUACACUAGUAUACAGAAUAUUCUUGACUUUUCUAACAGAAAAAUGAUAAAACAUUUUGUUCUUUAUUAAUUUUUAUUCUAAAAUUACCUACCAUAUAGAAUUUCGUAUUUAAGCUAUAAAGAGAGACAGUAAGGUUUGCCAUUUGGUUUCCCUGGCAUUCCACUGUAUCUAAAUGUUUUCUACCCAAUUCCCAAUAAUGAAUUUUGAGCCCUGGGUAUAGGUUUGAAACCUGCUCUGCUGAAUUUUAUAUAGUCUCCCAUCCAUCCCACCAAAAAAACAAAGCACACAGACAUAAGAAUACAACAAAAUACAUGUAGUUAGUACUUUAGGAUGUACAGUUUAUUUCAUCAGUGAUCAGUUCCAAAAUCAAAGGUCCAUGAUUACAUCAUUUGUAUACUGAUAAUGUGUCAGUAAUAACAAGCAAUAGAGACAUGUAAGAAUACAGAGAACUGUAGAAGCCAAUGUCAGUAUGUAAGUAGAGCUACAGCAUUGCUUUUAUAUGUUGUGUAAUAAAGCAAGUGUAUAUCCUCAA